GGACAGUGUGAGGAAUGAAUCCGUUGAACUGGAAAGCAUUAGACAACCAGCAGAGGCUAAACAACGUUUAAAUAGAUAAAAACCUGUAAUAAAUGACACAGGCCUAGGUUCAGCUCCGUUUGUUGGACUCGGUGUUCUUCGGCAAAAUCGCUCCAUUUAUGAAAAGCUGCCGUUUAAAACGGUUAACGCUACUGUUUUUACCGUUCGUAAACGUUUGUCAGUUAGCAUCAGCUAACCAGCUGACUAACAGCUAAUCUUUCUCUAAAUGGAUCACACGGAGGAUUUAUCUGCUCGGGUCCUGCUGAAAAACAUCCUCAGCACCGAACCACCCAGGACUCCAAUCACCCGCAGUCCCUCCAAAGCACAGAGCACCAGCGGGACCCGGCGCAGCAGCAGACUGAGCAAAAAAGAUGCUGGAGCCCAGACCCCACAGAACAUCCUGAGGCGCAGCUUGAAACAGAAAAUUCGUGAGAGUAUAACCAGGAAAUCCCUGCCUGCCACUACAAGGAGAACUGCCUCUGUUGUGCUCAAGAGGAUGAACACUCCAGCCGCAACGUCAAUGCUGCUUGGUGAUGGAGACACACCGAGGCACAUACUCAAGAACAUCCUGCUGACAGAGCCUGUGAAGUCACCGGUGGUUCAUGAGAAAGCAGCAUCAGAAGAGCCACAGCUGCCUUCAGCCAACUCCAGCAUUGCCAGCAAACGCCCUAGUAUUGAGCUCUCGGGGCUGGAUCUGCCUGAUUUAACUAUCGGCAUCGCAGCAAGCACCGCAAAGGGACUGAGCAGAAAGAGACCACGGCGGAGCCUUAAUGUAACAGCUUUUGAAAAACGACUUAAAGAUGGAAAUGAUGCUGAAGAAGAAAAUGAGGAAUCAAUAGGCGACCAUUCAUCUCUGUCUUUGUCAAGCACCUCCACUUCUUUGAGCCUAAAAACACCCUUUGUGGAUGUUCGGACUGAGAAAAGGGGCCUGCAGAGAAGAGUUUCCAACCGCCGAAAAAUCACAGAGGAAGAAUUUGGUGCCGCUGUAAAUAAACGGCAGAUGGAAGGAGUGAGCAGUUUUGCGCCUGUGGAGCAGGGUCUCAGCGAGACCGCUUACUCUGAGGGCUUCACCCUGGGCCUGAGCCACCUCAGUGAACCUGAUCUCACAACUGACAUUGUCAACUGUAACACAGCCCUCUACACCAGGCAUGAUGCCACGACCUCCAGUUUUUCCAUUGUCGCAACGCAGGACAAACCCACAGUGAUGGCUUCUCAGCUUCAGAGACAGAUUGGGGACAUGGAGCAGAUGGAAGCGGAGCAGAGCAAGUUGGGGAAAGAGAAGUCAACAUAUGUAUUUCCAACUGAGGAGGAGGUUGAGGCAGAAUCUCAGAAUGAAGAAUGUGUGUCUGAGUCACUGUCGGAGAAUGAUGUGGAUAGUCAACCUGCAGCCAUGCAGUCUGAGGACGAGGAAGGUGUAGUCGAAUCUCAGCCUGUUGCAGCUGAUUCUGAGGAGGAGGAGAACAAAGUGGAAGCUAAAAUGGGAGAGGAAGGUGCAGUUCAUCCUCAAACCAAAGGGGAUGCUACAAGUGGAUCUCAGUCUGAGGAGGAAGUUGUUGCACCUGACUCCCAAACUGAAGAAGGAGAAGGAGAAGGUGCAUUUGACUCCCAAACUGAGGGAGAAGAGGAAGGUGGAGUUGAUUCCCAGCCUGAUGAGGAUCCUGCAACCAGGUCUCAGUCCGAGGAAGAGGAGGUUGUGCCAGACUCUCAAACUGAAGAGCAGCAGGAAAGUGAGGUUGAAUCUCAAACUGAGGAAGAAGAAGGUGCAGCUGAUUCCCAGUCUGGGGAGGAUGUGGAAGCCAGGUCUCAGUCGGAGGAAGAGCAAGAGGGGGAUGCGGAUGAUUAUCAAAGCGAUUCUCAAUCCGAGGAAGCUGGGGAUGUGGCUGAGUCUCAGACUGAAGAUAUGCAUGAUGGGAAACAGGGGAAAGAAGAUGGUGAGCUGGAACAUGACUUGGAGCACAUCAGUCGAAGGGCUCAUCACUCUGAGGGUGGACUCAUCAUGCCUGUGACAGUAGGACCACCAGGAUGGUCUGAGGGCAAGUCCAAAGCAUACAGUGCGACUGAUCUACACAGCAGCUUGGAAAUAAGAAGUCACGAGCCUCAUAUUGAGAUGCCUGACUUGGCUGAGUCUUCAACCCAAGGACAGAAAGAUGCUUUCAAUACGGACGCCGAGUCUGAUAAAGAGAACUCCUUUCAUCUUCUCGGGUUGACGCAGGACAUUGGGGAGGGCGGCGACUUGAGUGAUGCUUCACCUCCUGAAGAAGAUGCUGCUGCUCAGGAGCCUGGUGAACAGGAAGAAGAGUGGGAGGAUGAAGACGAUGGGGAAGGGAAUGAGGAGUACCCCUGCAAGACUCCAGCAUUUGUCAGACAGAAAAGGAACUUUUUUCCGUCUGAUCCUCAGGCCUCACCCUCUGUUCUUAAGAAUAUUCAAGCCAGUAGUACAAGUGAAGCUUUGCCUGUAGCUAAACCUAAGCAGGUGCAACAGAGGAAGAGAGCGCCAGCCAAGAAAGAAGCAGGCCUUUCUAAGAACUACCUUAUGGGUGUGUUCAAGCACUUUGCCAAAGCAAAAGUCUCUGCUGAUGUUUACCCCGUCCUAAAAGAAAUAAUGGAUAAAUUCUUUGAUCGGCUGACAGACGACUUAGAGACAUAUGCAGGUCACGCAAGGAGAAAAACCAUAGAAGUUGAAGAUGCUGAAUUACUGUUGAAAAGGCAGGGUUAUGUGAACGACAAGGUCCCGGUAGAAGUGCUCAUUGAAAAAUAUCUCCGCAUGGAUCAGCGUAAGCUCCUCAUCCCCAUUGCAACCAGUGGAAAUGUUGUUAUCCCAAAAAAGCGGAGGUGAAUAUUUGUGUACAGCUUCUUUUUUUCUGGCUUCAUCUCUUGGACUGCAACAUAUUUUUCUUAUGCUGCAUUUGGUUUGUCUCAGUUUGUAAUGCUGUUAAUCACAGUAUAAUGAUGUUACUGUAAAUUUGUAAAUAUCUGUUAACAUUUUCUUUAUCAAGAAUUCAGUUUUAUAUGUGAUGUCUAUCUAUCUUUCUUUCUGUCAGCUCUUAUUAUGUAUUAUUAUAAUAUGUGAGCAUCGAUUAUCUGUAUGUAAUGUAAACAUAGGCUCGUUGACAACAGUGCUUUUUCAUUUUUACUUAAGAUUAGCACAAGAAUGUUUCAAUUCUUUUAUCUUUUUGUGCAUAUACUUUAUUUUCUGACAGUGUGAUAUGAAAGAUAGUGCAUAGUCUUCUCAGAUUAACAAAUGUUGAAAUAAAGUUCCCUGCCUCAUA